AAAGACUGCACUGGCUCGUCCAGCAUUCAAACCAAUCGGAGGUAUUGUUGACUGUGUUGUUUACUGUUGUCUUCUGCACCACUACACUUCGUAGAUCAAAUAAAAAUGAGAGCAGUCGCAAUCAUCGCUGUAAUCCUCAUGGUGGCGCUUGUCACGAUGAAUGAGGCUAAGCCGUUUGGCCGACGCGGGCAUGGACACAAAAAAGGUCACCGUGAUCAAGACUCGGAGAGACCCGAGUGCCAUUCCCGAUGUCCCCGCCCUACACGCCGCAGCCGCGUCUGUGCCUCCGACGGACUCCGCAACCGCACCUACCCCUCCGCGUGCCUUGUAGACAAGAUAGCAUGCAAGAAAAAUAUAAACAUCACCAUCGUCGCUGAGGGCGCCUGCCCCAGACCGCGCUCUGUCAACGGGUUUGGCAUGGGAGGCAACAAGGAAAGUGAGAGCAAAGAGGAUAGUAACAGCCUUGAGAGCAACGAAGAGGAGGAUACUGUCACGACAACUACUUCCGCUCCAGCCACUUCGCCGUCAUCUGAACCAUCAACGAGUGUUGACACGAUGACUAGCGUAUCAACUUCCGACACCAGCGCGCCCAGCGGACCAACCGUCCCACCAACGCCGCCAACGCCACAAACGCCACCAGCCCUUGUCACAUCGUCCUCGGGUCCAGCUACCGUCGACCCGACUACCGCGGCAUCAUCACCGGCCCCCGGAGUCACUGGCCCUGGAACCACGUGCGUUACCUCUUGUCCCGUAGCGUCUUCCCCGGUCUGCGGCACCGAUGGGGCCACGUACGGCUCGGCCUGCGUUCUAGAGGCGUAUGCCUGCGCCAAUAAAAUAGAUGGCCUAACUGUAGCAUAUGAGGGGGCAUGUGUCCCUUAAUAUAAGUGCAGAAAACAGUAGCGUGGCGAUAAAUUUCGAAUAUUAUUUCAAAUAAUUUUUCACAAUAGGUGGCUCUGUUCAGAAUAGGUGUCUUUUGGUGGUAUUUUUAGUCGUCCCCUUUUGUCCAUUUAAUUACAUUAAAUCCACAUUUGACAAAUCACAUCCAACAAUGACCGUUGCUACUUGCUACUACGUCACUGCUGUAAAACAACAUAAUCAUUGUCCGGCAAAGAUAAUAUUUCAGGCCAGUUUAAUGAAUCUUAAUUACUUUAUGCUUAUAGAAUUUAGGCCCUUUCCAAGCUAUUAUUGAGGGGUGGUUCGAUCCUUCAUUAAAAUGAUAUAUAAAAGAGAGAAUAUCCAGGCCGCCUUAACGAUCUGUACUCUGGAAUUUAUUAAUGGAAGGUUCCGACUAAGGCGCGUAUUAUUAACAAGCACGCAUGCGUGUGUCACAAAAGUAUGAAUAUUUAUUAAACCUGAACAUUAUGUAACAGUCAAAACAUUCAUUGAUGUAUAAAUCUUACUUACGAUGCAAUCAUUUUAAGUUAUGUGUAGUUACAGUGCAAUUUAUUCUGUUUUCUUGAGGGUUAUAAUUUGUUCAUUUUGACAACUUUAUAAAUUCAUUGAGAUUAAUACAAAUAUUAAUGAUCCUUUGAAAUAUUACAGUUUUUAGUUCGAUUAUUGAAAUUGAAGACGGGUUUAUUUCAUUUGUACUUAACCAACAAUUGAUGUAAUUAAAAAUGAAAGGAAAUUAGA